CAUUUGCAACAGACGUCAAUCUAGCAGCGCAGCACGGCGGUGGUAUCCGGACAGCUUGACGAUGAAGGCAGAGAUUCGCGACAACAUCGUUCACUCGCCAUACCCAAACGUCGAGGUUCCCGUUUACGACUCUACGUUUUCAUUCUUCAAAAGCAGGGUCGGGAGGUUCGGCGAGCGCACCGCACUUGUAUGCAGGGAUCAGUGCUUAAACUUUACGAACCUAUUGCAAAACGUUCAGCGUUGUGCUGCUCGACUGCAAUGUCUAGGAAUCGGCCCUGGAGAACGCCUGUACUGCCACGUGACCAACAACAUUGACAGCUUUGUCGCUCUCUGCGGCGUUAUCAUGUCGGGAGCGACAUUUGUGACAUCGGACAUAACCUUCACAACCGAGGAGCUUCUGGCGGACGUAAAGAGGACAGAUUCCACGUACGUGCUUGCCGAUGGCGUCACAGCGCCAACAUUCAACCGGAUAAGAGACCAGGUCAUUCUGAAGGGCUGGCUUGCGACGAAUGUCGUGGACAACUUUACAUGGAUUUCUAACUAUGAGGAGUGCUCAGAACUUCAAUACGCUGAUCGCGCCAUUUCCCCGGAAAACAUUGCCUUCAUAACCCAGACGUCUGGAACGACCAGUGCUUCCAAAUCAGUCGAAGUCACGCAACAAAGCUUCAUCGCGCAAAUAUGCUGUCGCGACGCCCUGCACCUUGCUUCGGAGAAGGACGUGUGGCUUGGAUUCCGCAACAUUUCGUACUUCUUUGCCUUUUCCUACGCUUUCUUCAUUGUGUGCUGCGGCGGCAAUGUUGUGUUGGUGGAUUCUUGGGAAGUCCCUGAAAUAGUCGACGCCUUGACAUCGCAUAAUGUGACCACUUACACCGGUAUUCCUCGAGGACUGUUUGAUAUCACCGAACAUGUGAAACUGAAGGGCACUACUCUCCCGUCAUUGAAAAAAAUUAUUUCGCUGGCCGUCAAGCUUCCGGAGGAUAUUGCGAUGUCCGUGGCGUCUUUCUUUAACCUCGAGGAGCUGCGUGAUGGUUACGGAAUGACAGAGGUCAGCGGAUUUUUAACCAUCACUCCCCCUAGAGAGAUCGCCAGGGGUGACGUUGGCUUUCCCGUUCCGGGAUCACGAAUGAAGAUUCUUGACGAAGCCGGGGAAGCUCUCGGGCCAAUGCAUUGCGGCGAAAUUCUGUUCCAGACACCAUACCUGAUGCGCGGCUACUACAAGAACGUCAAAGCUACUGCUGAGCGGAUCGAUGAAGAUGGAUGGAUACACACAGGUGACGUAGGCUACUAUAAUGCUUCAGGCCGGUUGUUCCUCGACAAGCGCACCACAACGUUGUUGACUUGCGCCGGGCGCAAAAUCGACCCAGCCGAGAUCGAGGAUUGCCUGCUCCUGCACACUGCUGUAGCUGACGCAGCGGUCACUGGCUUUCCUUGCAAGGAGACAGGACAUAUUCCCGCCGCCCUGGUCGUGCUCAAGGAGGGUUACAACUCGACAACGGAUAUCGCCAAGGACAUACGGAGCUUCGUAGUCGGUCGCCUGGGCGCUUACGGAGACCUGACGGCAGGAGUCUUCUUCACCGAAGCGGUACCCAGAAACGGUCUUGGCAAGAUCAAGAGGAGCCAGCUCCCUGCCCUUCUCGAAUCAAUUUACGCAUCGCGCUGACCUGCUGAGUUCAUCUAUUUCGCUGCCAAUACAAAGGGUUUUU